GGUAUAUGAUCAUUGAUCACAAAUAUAUGGUUUAGUAUAUAAGCUGCUCUGAGCUUGGCAACAACCAAAGCAAGUUCAGCAUCAACCAACAUGAAGUCGACCAUCUGCCUUCUCGUGCUCGUGGCCUUCGCGGCGGUACAGGCUUACCCAAAGCCACGAACCAUCACAAAGUCCAUGUCGACACACAGCAACAAGGACGUGUCACGAGACGAGACCGUCGCAAGCAACAGCGACGGAACCACCUCAUCCAGCGUCGCUGAGGUCGACAACGAGGCUGUCUCCAACGCCAACACGUUCGCCUAUGCCGACAAUAACGGCAACUCCAUCACAUCAUCAUCCGUCAACGACGCUCAAACCUACACCGACAGCACAUCGAACUCUGUCAGCAAUGCCGAUGGAACUUCUUCUUCAUCUAGCACUGUCAACAGCAGUUCCUCAGCCAACCAGAGCAGCCUUCGAGAAUGA